CUCCCGCUUCCCCCCAGCGUCCCCCACCUCACCACGCCGCUAUGGCGGACUCGGAGCUGCAGCUGGUGGCGCGGCGCAUCCGCAGCUUCCCCGACUUCCCCAUCCCCGGCGUGCUGUUCAGGGACAUCACGCCGCUCCUGAAAGACCCCGACUCCUUCCGCGCCUCCAUCCGUCUCCUGGCCGGCCACCUGAGAGCCACGCACGGCAGCCGGAUCGACUACAUCGCAGGCCUGGACUCCAGGGGCUUCCUGUUUGGCCCCUCGCUGGCCCAGGAGCUGGGGCUGGGCUGCGUGCUCAUCAGGAAGCGAGGAAAGCUGCCGGGCCCCACCGUGUCUGUCUCCUAUGCGCUGGAGUACGGCCAGGCUGAGCUGGAAAUCCAGAAGGAUGCCCUGGAGCCCGGGCAGAAGGUGGUGGUGGUGGAUGACCUGCUGGCCACUGGUGGAACGAUGCGAGCAGCCUGUGAGCUGCUGGGUCAGCUGCGAGCCGAGGUGCUGGAGUGUGUGACCCUCGUGGAGCUGACCUCGCUCAAGGGCAGGGAGAAGCUGGGGCCGGUGCCCUUCUUCUCUCUCCUGCAAUAUGAGUGACCGGACACCAUCUCAAACCCACCUUCACCGGCGUGGGACAAGACUGGCUCAGCCUCUGUGCCUUAAGUGACCUCCGAGGAACCCUGCAGUAACCAGUGACCUUUUACCUGUGGGGCUCCCGUUGUCAUAGCCACCGCAGGGCCUUCCUGAAGUCCCAGGAGCAGACACCUGCUCCAGGUCCAGGAACAAACAGCAGUGUCACAGUAAAGAGCUCCUGCACAC